AUGAACACUUCUGCGGCGCUUACACUAUCGAACGAUAUUGAAAAGGCCUUCAACACUAACUCUUCUACCGCUAGUUGGGUGUUGUCCGGUUAUGCACUAACGCUUGGGUCGUUCAUUUUAAUUACCGGGAAACUAGCCGACAUCAUAGGACCAGACAACAUCUUUUUGAUAGGUUUGUCAGUCAUCUGGAUUUGCUCUCUCAUCUGUGCCUGCAUUCCUCAUUCGUCGGUUGUGGCAUUGAUAGUUAUCAGGGCAUUACAAGGUGUCGGAGCCUCAGCAUUGGUUCCUUCCACUGUAGCAUUGGCUGCGAACUACUUCACAGGUAAACUUUCAAAAUAUUUAGCUCCUGCACUUGGAGGAUUUAUCAUUGCACUUACAGGUAUUUUUGGCGUUGGAGUCACCAUCGGUGGAGCCUUUUCUGAGACUAGUACUGGAUACAGAGGAUUUUUCUGGUUUGUGUUUGCAUAUGGACUCAUUCUAAACAUAAUCUUGCUUUUCCUGAUAAUACUGGUGGAUAGGAAAGAUGGCGAAGAUAAGAUGGAACUCAAAAACAUUGAUUUUGUUGCAGGUUUUCUAGUCAUUGCAGGUGUGUUAUUGAUAAUACUUGGAUUGACAGAAGGAGCUGAAAAUUGGAGAAGUCCAAAAGCUUACAUCUCACUAAUUGUCGGUUUUUUUGCAUUCCUCUCAUCGUUAGGUUUUGAAAUUAUAUAUUUGAAAAGGUUUCAAAGAAAAAAUCAAAACAAGGACAAAUCAACUGACUGGCGGCUUCAAGUUGAAUUGCUAUUCCCACCUGAGAUAAUCAAAAUACCAAACUUCUUACCGAUUCUUAUACAAUGUGGAAUGUACUAUGCCACUUUUACAAUGGUUAUUGUUAUCGGUAUCAACUACUUUACCUUUAUUGAAGGAAAUACUCCCAUAAUUGUGGCCAUAAAAGUGUUACCCCUUCCUGUGGGCUUAGUGUUUGGUGCUCUAGCAUACAGGACUUCGUACUACAACAGAGUGGGAUUAAAAAACAUGCUUAUUCUUUCUUCUGCAAUAUGCUUAGGGAUGUGCGUCUGGUUUUCACGCAUAGAUUACAAGAGUGACAAUUCUUACUGGAAGUUUGGAUUCGUUUCUCUUUUUCUCUACGGCUAUGGAAUCAACAUGUUUUUCAACAUCUAUUUUUCGGUUGUUGUAUCCAAUACCCCGCUACAUCUCCAGGGAGUUGUUAAUGGGAUAUACCAAACAUGUGGACAAGUGUUGCUAAGUAUAGGAAAUGCCCUAGUUCCCUCCAUUUUGGGCAACCUCGAGGUGGCAACUACAGAGCAAGCAAAGCAAAAACUGUUCAAUAAGUUUCAGACAAUCUUUUACGUAGUUCUGGCGUUUCACGCCGUUAUGUUCCUUAUCAUGGUAUUCUUAGUAAGAAAUCACCAAAAGGAAAACGAAAGCGACGACAGAAUUGACGAAGAAGAUGUUUUGGGAGAGGAGAAGAAGCAAGAUGACGACUGUGAAUGCCAUGUCAGAGAAGCCGACAGUGGAACGGAGUCAAGAAACUCCCGCACCAAUCUUUCAUAUCUGGAUGCUAGAUCUGUCUGA